AUGGCUUACAAGAGAAAGUUCAGUCAAAGUUUCCACACAGAUACCGACAUGGUGGAGAAUUUACUGAAAUACCGGAAGGUCUCUAGACCAGCCUCUAUUAAGAAAACGCCCGUUCCGUCUGUCAGCCAAGAUGACCUGCGCAGUGUGCUAGAUAACUUUGUCAGAACCUACGAAGGACUCGACCUUCAGGAUGUCAGCCGAAAACCAAACUUUACCUACACGGAACUCAUCUUCCUGGCGAUAAUGAGAUCUCCCAACUUCUGUCUGCCCAUCACUGAAAUCUACCGCUACAUCGAGACUCGCUUCUGCUAUUUUAAAGAGACCGGUAAACAACAUUGGAAAAAUGCCAUCCGCCAUAGUUUGUCCAAAACCAAGUGCUUCACCAAGAUCGGAUUACAGGACCAAAAACCACGCAACGGUGUCCUUAACAGAUCUGCUUUUCUGUGGGGCAUUACCCCAAAGAGCUUGCUAACCUUUGCCCGAGGAGAUUACCGACCGACUAACAAGUUCUCCGGAUCCAAAGCAUUACGGUCAGGAUUCCAACAAGUCAACGCCAAUGGAUUAUGGGAAGGCUGUGUGUUAUCCUUGACUCACAGAAUGGAGGCUUUCCAGAACAUUCUUGACACCAGUCCGUCUCCGGCUAAACUGUUCCAGCUUCAGAUGUGCAAUCUAGAGGACACCUCAGUUCAUUUCAACACUGAUCCUGGGCUGAAGGACUACGGGCACAGUAGCUCAGCCAGAGUUAGUCCUCUAACUCGAUGUGCGAUGACUGCAGAUUCAUCAAGCCCGUAUAGUGACACCACAAGUGACACCUCGGUGUGUGCGUCUGACAGCAGCGGUUACGACACUUUAGGAGAAUUAUUAAGUCCCGAUUUUCAUAUGCAUAGUCAAUUGUCGUGUAGAGUUACGCCCCCUAUUCACCAGACCAGGUUCUCCUAUUUAGAAACCAAUGAGAAUUCAAGCGACCUACCGGAAUUGUCUCCGGAGUGUAUGUACAAUAUUCCUGAUCUUCCGGAAAUUCCACCACUGAGACUCACGUUUGAUGACGUCAUCGCAAGGAGUGACAUCACCACAUGCACGAACCAUGCCUUUUCUGAUAACCUCGCCAUCGGCGAGCCGUCAUUUUAUCCACAUCAACGUGCCCAGAUAGACAUGGCAUACAUCAACCAUCCAGGGACAUCGGACAUUUCUGAAGACAGUGUGAAUUCAUAUUUGUCUUUAUAA